CGAGAACUCAACGCAUCGCGCAACUCAAGAGUUGAUACUUAGCGUCGCCGAAAGAUAGCAGUACAGCUUGCGUUUGUUUUGUUUAUAUCGUGCACGUCCACCAUAAUGUUACGAAAGCUUCACGUUAUUAAGAAACUUAACUCGAAUUUGUGUUUUGGAAGUAUUGUAUAUUAAACACAAUACUUAUUUCUUAAAAUACACACAAUUUGCGGUCAAUGUAACAAUGUGUGACUACUGUAAAUACCAUAGAUUUCACGUACAGUAUGCCGUUAGCAACUCCGUCGUAUAGACGAUCGAACUUGUAGAUUGCACCGUAUCAGCUGUUGCUGAUGUUAGGAAGGUUAAGGAAUUUGCGAAUAGAAGUUUUCGAGAAGUACUCCUCAUUAUAUUUCAAAACAGUUCGCUGUAAAUAUGGAAUCCACAGGAGAGUUAGAGGCAGUCACAAUGUGUGGUGAAAUUGACAUCAAAGAGGAACCAGUAUUAACUGAUCCCAACUGGCAAUUGUUUGAAGAAACUGAACAUAUCUUCAUUAAGGAAGAGAAUGUUAAAUUGGAAACCCCUGAAGAUCCUGAUGCACAUGACCCACUACAGCUGAAGAAAGAGGAAUCUCCGCCACAAGAAGAAACCAUUUCUCCACCUGAUGCAAUACACACAAAAAAAGAACCUGAACUCCAAAAGGAAGUAGAGGCAACAAGUUGUGGCAUUGAACCAAGAAGCUUAUUGCACAUGGAGGAUCCACUUGUUUUUGGAGCUGUUGCCCUGGCAGUGACAGUAAAUCUUCGGAUUAGGGCAGAAUGGCGACGAAAACGAAAAGCCAGACGUUGUUGGGUUCGACCCUGGCUGGAAAGAAGGGACGAAGGUAGAGGAAUAUAUUCACUUUUAAUGAAAGAACUGAGGCCCGAAGAUCCGCAAGAAUUUCAGAACUUCAUAAGGAUGGACAUGGCCUGUUUCGAGAAGCUGCUGUCUUUGAUAGAAAAUGGAAUCAGAAAGUGUGACACAGUCAUGAGGGAGGCUAUCACACCUUCUCGAAAGCUGGUUGUAACAUUACGGUUCCUGGCGACUGGGGAAUCUUUUAAGAGUCUGGCCUUUAGCCACAGAAUAGCACAGCCCACCAUUUCAAAAGUUGUUGUGGAUGUGUGCACUGCAAUUUGCAACACUUUAAAGGACCAGUACUUAAAGGCACCAGCAACAGAAGAAGAGUGGGAGAAAAUUGCCAAAGAAUUUGAUGAGCUGUGGCAGUUCCCAAACUGCAUUGGUGCAAUGGACGGGAAACACAUAGCAUUUGCCCAACCACGAACUGCUGGAUCAGCAUACUUCAGUUAUAAAAAAUUCCAUAGCAUUGUUUUACUAGCUAUUGUGGAUGCUAGGUAUCGAUUCUCUUUAAUCGACAUUGGGUGCAAUGCGAGAGUGUGUGAUGGUGGGGUGUAUGCAAGCAGCCUGAUCAGCAAUGCACUCCAGGAAAACUGGUUGAAGAUACCACAGCAAAAAUCACUUCCUGGCACGAACAUUGAAGUGCCGUGUGUGGUACUUGCUGAUGAUGCCUUUCACCUGAAGCCACAUAUCAUGAAACCCUAUAGAGACUGCCAGCACCAGAAGCCCAAACAGAUUUUUAAUUACAGACUGUCAAGAGGGAGGCGAGUAGUGGAAAACGCUUUCGGAAUUCUGGCCAACCGCUUUAGAGUUCUUCUCAGUACAAUUCGACUACCUGUUCAGAAAGUGGAAUUAAUUGUUCAGACUUUGUGCAUACUGCACAACUACUUGAUUGAAGAGGCUGACAGCACAUAUCUGUCAGAUGCUGAUACAGAAAACACAGACUUGUGCACCAUAAACAAUGGUUCUUGGCGAGCAGAGGAAUCUCUCUCGAGCAUAUCCCGGCAGAGUGGAAAUCACACGUCACUGUGUGCCAGGGAAGUGCGCGAAAAAUUUUGUGAAUUCUUUAGUUCAUCAGGUUAUGUUUCAUGGCAAUGGGAAGCUGUUAAGAAGUACAACUUUUAACAGUAAUAAUUUACAAAAGACAAUUUUUUAUUUGAAAAUAACUGAUUAAUGAAAGCCAAUCUCGUAACUUUAAAAUCAGUUACUGAUUGAUUUAUGAAUCCCACCCAUGAUAGAUUUCAUCACAUUCAAUUUUACUUCAGCCUUAAUUGCUGGAUUUUUAAAUUUUUUUUCAAUUCAGCAACAGCAUACUGUCCGAACUUAUCAUCUUCAUUGCUGCCACUAAUUGACAUUUGAAUGUCUAUUAAAACAGACAAUGUUGAGGUGGCCAAUUUUCCCUCCUACGCCUCUUGCUUGCUGAAGCAUAAGGCUCCCUCAGAGAUGAAUGUGGUGAUCUCUGAGGUGUUGACACAGGUGUACUCCGUUCUGCACAUUCCACACUAUGUCUUGGGAGUACUGGAAAUAGAAAACUGAUACAGUAUUGUGCUACAUACGAGAGUGAGUCAAACGAAAACCUUAAAUUUGUAAUAACAAAUCGAAAUUUCGCGCCGUUAUCCUGUAAGUUGGUAAGCGUGCUACAAACAGUGUGCAGAAUGGCUUGUAGGUGGCAGCAUAGUGCAAAUGCACACAUUCCAUCGCAGUACCAGUAUAAAGAUGGCCGCCCCACUUGCGACUUGCACCGGGGAGGAACAACAUUCUGUUAUUCGUUUUUUGCGUAGUGAAUGUGUAAAACUUAUUAAAAUUCAUCGAUGAAUGAAGGUUCAGUAUAGUGAUGCAUGUUUGUCACAGCAACAAAUCUACGAAUGGAGUAGGAAGUUCGCAAAUGGUCUGACUUCAAUGGAAGAUGCUCCUCGUCCAGGAGGGUAAAUGACCUUGGGCGCUCGAAACAUGAAGACGAGUCGGCAUGUCUUCGUUUCAUGAGCGCCCACCGGGGCCCCCAGGUCCCUGUCCCGCUGAGAUAAUUCGUCCUUUUAGGACGCCAGCAAAAGGUUGGCACGUGUAAAAGUUUUCGUUUUUUAGUGACAGACAUAUGAGUAUCGAUAACUGCAGUUGGUUAGCAACCACUCCAGUAUAUAAGGGGCAUGCUAUUGUCGUCUGUACAUUAUGUCCUCUGAAUCGACUCCGAGAACUUAUAUUGUCGCUAACGAGCUGCCAGAAAUAGUAAGUACACUUCUAUUACAAUGGAAACUUUGUACAAACUUGCACGAAUUGCUGUUUGUGGAAGACUGCAAAAUGCGUUGGAUGUUUUUCAAUUAGAUGUAAUACAAACUAUACAGGAAGAUAUUCUGUUGGAAUUUCGUGUUUCGAAAUUUAAUUUCAUGUUAAAUUCCUAUAGGUUGCCAGAAUGUUAUAUAUUUAAUAAAAGUGAGAAUGUUCCAAUGAUUUGUGAGAUCGUAAAUGAUGCAUUAGAAGCUUGUGGAAAAAUAAGAGCAGGAAUUCCAGUUCCAUGGGAAACACUUGGUUUAAUCACAAUGUCUUCUUUUGACAUUUGUGCAUUCUGGCAAAGUAGAUUCAAAAUCAAAGUAUUGUUUUACGAAGUAACUUACAAGCAUUUUGUAUAUACUGUUUGUGAAAACUGUUUAUGUAAAUUAUCCGAUUCGUGGCAAAACGUGCUACUGCAACCACUUCUUAUUGAAAUGAAAAUUAAUAUGGUAAGUAAGACACAAUCAUUUUCAUGUGGGGUAACUUGUCCACCACAUGUUAAACAAUAUAGUCUUUGGUGCAUGUUUUGUGCAAAUAUUCCAUUGUUCAGAAGUGUACGUUGUGGUGGCGUUAAGCAGUGUAUCGGAUUCAGAGGAAGACGACGCUGAUGUAGCUGAUUUGUUGUUUGCAGAUUUGUAAUGGAGAAUCUGUUGGAAGCCGUCCAGUCGAUCUUCACUCUGUUGGAAGCAGAAAUACCAACACCGUCCUUGAAGACAAUGAUAUACUUAAUGACGAGAUUGAAUUGCAAGCUGGCACAGGGAGAUGGACUCUUAGGCGAAUACAUCUUUACCAUUUUGAACUAUUUGACUCAAUUCAAAAGUUCUUCAUUAGUCUCGUCCUCUGGUUUCCAGAGCUUCUCUGAAUAUCUGAGAUCUCUGAAAGAUGGUAUUACACUGACGUUAUUGUCCUCAGAGGAGAGAACGAAGUUGAUAAAUUUUGUAGACGAAUUAAUAUCAUUGCACAAACCUACCCUGGCCAGAUUAUCAUGUGGAAACAUGAUGGGGACCACAUCCCCACAUCCACCUCAUACACGACUGUAUCUACUCAUCAAGACGGUGCCACUGUAGGUUUCGAACUGACGGAUUUAUUGCCAGUCGAAUUAAGAAAACAAGAAGACGCACUAGAGCAAUCGCAGCCAUGUCAGACAUCGACUGGCUCAAUGUUCUUUUAUAUCUCUACUUGCAAAAACGGCCAAGUAGGGGACAAGUUCGGCUUAGAGGAACCGAUAAGCGAUUGCCUGGUGAGCUUGAAAUUAUACAAUGGAACAGUUUCGUCGAGCAAUCCCUCACAGUAUUGGAGGGGCAAGACACUGGAAAUGUUAAUCAAUGAGGAAGUGGACUCGCCAGUGAUGCAGCAUGUAAAUGGCCUCAUAGCAAGCGCCAGCCAAUCGUUACAGGGAAAGGGUGCAAUGCUGAAAAAACAGCGAAAAAGGUACUAUCCCUUUUAUUAAGUUAUAAUUGUAUCCCUCUGGAAAAUAUGGUCAAUGUAAUACCAUCUACUCAUCCAUAUUUUAUUAAUUUGAUUGACCCUAAAUUCAAACGAUUUUUUGAUAUGGGCUUAGAAUUGCAUAAAAAAACUAUAAAUGAAUUGGAUUUACAUGGUUUAGGAAAUUUAUUGUGCUCUGGUUCUGAAGAUAAUAUUUUUUAUUCUCAUUCGACAAAUGUUUGGGAAUAUUAUUAUACUCUUCAAGAUUCUCUUUCUUGGCUAAAUAAAAUUUUAUUAUUUCAAUGCAAAGAUGAUACUGACGAGGCUACGAAAUUUUUAACAAAUCUUGUAUCAUGGAUUAAUAAUGGCAAGAAUUUGAAGGUAAAAAUAUAUAUGUACCAAAUAAAAAGUUAAACACACUUUGUAUUUUGGUCCAGCAAAUAGUGGCAAAAAUUGGUUUUUUGAUUGUAUAAUUUCACUUGGUUUAAAUGUUGGGCACAUUGGGCGUUGUAAUAAUAGAACGAAUCAGUUUGCAUUGCAUUGCAAGAUGUGAUUGUUGGAAAUGAAAUUUCUGUAGAGGAGGGUGCAAUUGAGGAUUUUAAAAAAGUGUGUGAAGGCAUUGCAUGUAACAUCAGAGUGAAGUACAAAGGAGACACUAUAUUAAGACGUACUCCAUUAUUGUUAAUUUCAAAUUCACAACCAGUUAUUUGUUCUCACUGAGAUUUUAAAGAUAUUCGUGUACGUACAAUUAGGUGGAGAAAGUUUGAUUAAUUAAAAAAUGCUUGUAAAAAGCCGUAUCCUUUGGCUUUCUUUCAAUUACUUCAAAUGUAUAAUAUUGAUUAUUGAAAUGAAACACUGUUUCAAUGUAAUAAUUCAUUUAUUUACAAUUUUGUACAAUACAAAUGUUUUUACAAUAAAUACAAGAUAUUAUAUUCAAGCUUGUUUAAUUUCAUAUUGUCCCUUGUACACUGAUGAUUCCUGAUUCCUUUUCACAUUUGACGUAUAAAUAUUAUCAAAUACCUGAACAUUUGGUACAUUUUCUCUGGUAUAAUGAGUUUCCAAGCCAUCUGAAUGACAUUGCAGCAUGUUUACAGAUUAGUCAUGGGUCAGUACACCACAUUGUUCAUGAUGUGCUCCAGUUUCACAAAGUGUCUGCAAGAUGAGUGCCACGGCAGCUGACGUCAGAAUGAGAGAAUGAGGUGUUGAUGCUUGUGAAGAACUUCUUCGACACUUUGAACGAGAAGGUGAUGGCUUCCUUGCAAGAAUCGUUACUUGGGACGAAACCUGAGUUCACUUCCACCAACUGGAAACGAAGAGAGCGAGCAAGGAAUGGAGCCAUUCCUCAUCAACAAAACCAAAGAAGUUUCAAACUCAACCAUCAGCUGGGAAGGUUAUGCUGACUCUCUUUUGGGACGAAAAAGGCGUCAUUUUGGAGCAUUACAUGUCCAGAGGGACCACUAUCACCAGUGCAUCAUACACAGAUCUCCUAAAAAAUCAUCUGCGGCCUGCAAUCAAAUCAAAGCGACGUGGAUUGCUGUCAGCAGGUGUACUAUUGCAACAUGACAAUGCAAGGUCCCACACUGCCCAUACAACAGUUGCAACAAUCACAGACCUGCAUUUUGACUGUCAUCCUCAUCCACCAUACUCACCAGACCUUGCCCCAAGUGAGUUCCAUAUGUUUGGACCACUCAAAGAGGCAAUGGGAGGAAAGAAGUUCCGUUCUGAUGAAGAGGUACACCACGCGGUGCAUGAGUGGUUACGCGG